AUGGCUAGAUUUCAAGCAGCCGCACUUUUCACGGUCUCUUCUCUCGCACUGGUACUGUUCGGCCUGCUUGUGUCGGCAGCGCCGGGCCCACCAUCACCGAGUUUGGCGGCCAAUGAGGAGAUACAGAUAUGCGAGAGGAAACUGAGUUCCGGCGGUCUCCAGUUGACACUCAAGAACGGGGUUCAAAGGAUUGCUUUCAAAUGCAGCGACUCGGUGGCAACGCUGAAGCCGUCCACAACGCAGGUGUAUACUAAAAACGAUGGCUCGGGGACACUCCUCUUGAACGAAGCGUGUCAUGGCGCUGCGCUCGUGGACUCAAAGGGUGACGAACCGAAGACGUACACGCUGGAGGUACCUCUCGCAGGGCGUAAGGAACAAGUUCUCUACUGGAACUGUCAAGUACCGGUGUCACCCGCGAGUGUGGCAAAGGAGCAGCUUCAACAACAGCAGCAGCAACAAGAGGAGUCUUCUAUGAAGGACUGCACAGUACAAAUUAUGGUCAAACAAUCGGAGCCUGGCAAUGCAGAGUCUGUGCAGAAACCCGACACUUCACUUCCGCCCCCUGGUGUACCUGGCGGUGCACCAACAUCCGAGAAAGUGUACCAGUGCGAGCCGAAACCAGAGGGGGCUGUGGUGCCUGUACUUCUCCCGAGCACUGAGCAGACCGUUUUCUUCAACUGUGGACCUACCGACACCCGGUUGACACCAGAUCCGCAAUACAAACAGUUCUACGAAGACGAGCAGUGUACCGAUCCGGAGUUAUUGUCCAAGGUCUGUCCGGGAACCACUCUCGUUCCCAAGGAGGGAGAAACCAACCCUACAACGUACAAGCUCACGGUCCCAGUCAGGGGCCGUCAUAAAAGAAUCAUGUAUUUCAAAUGUACUGCUCGCGGCGUUAUCCUGCAACUCAGGUCAACGGGAAAAAUGCCAGACCAGAACCCCUCAUCAUGCACUCUGCAAAUCACUGUCGACGGCCCUGUGGAUCCUGACAAUGAUGACGACGAUCUGUCGCCUCACGACUCUGACGACGACCAAGAUGACCAAAUGGACGACCUAUUUGAGACUUGUGAGAUCGAUGACGAUGAAAAUAAAAUGGAACAUAUAACUCUGCCCUCCAAACGGAAGCGCGUCAGCUUCUCAUGUGGUACAGCAGGUGCGCCGACUCUGACGCCAGAGGCAUCCGAGAACAAGUUCUGUGUGGAUCCAAGCUGCAGUGAGCAGAAGCUUUUGUCGAGCUUGUUUCCCGGCGCCACGUUUGUUGCCACUCCUUCCUCGGGAACAACUAUCUACAGCCUUUCCUUCAAAUCGAAGCUGCGUGCGGAUCACGAGUUGUACUACGUGUGCACUGCCACGAAAGCCGUGCAAGAUCGCGACGAUGCCGGUGCUGUCGAGGGAACACAGAAAAAAAAGAAGUGCACUAUCAAACUCACCAUCAAGGGGCAGAACCCGUUGUUGUCUGCCAGCGCGCAGAAGGUGACCCCACCGUAUUUUGUUUGUACAUUCAUUGUUGCGCUGAUUCACAUGUUUUCGUAA